ACAUUUGCAAGCUUGAUAUAAAUACAUACAACCUAUCUGAAAAUGCACGUGAGGAAAUUAAAACUGGAAAAUGGCGAGUUUACUGAUGAAAGGUUGUACCGUGUCACUUGUAGGCUUAAUGGUGGUGCACAUUUGUUUAGCAGCUGUCUCAGACACUGCAUGUGAUCCUUCUAAUGAUGAUGAUACAUCCGGUGGUGCAGCUGUGUGUGAAGGUGUAAAUGCAAACGCAGAAUGUCCAGAUGGAACAACAAAAUGUGCUUGCAAAUCUGGAUAUAAACAGGAUCCAGCAGCUGCCAAUACUUGUGUCACAGCGAUUUCAGAAACAGGCUGUGAUCCUGACAAUGCUGAUCCUUCAAGCGGUGGAGCAGCUGUAUGCAAAGGUGUAGAUGAUAACGCAGUAUGUCCAGCUGGAAAAGAUAAAUGUGCUUGCAAAUCUGGAUAUAAACAACAUGCGGUUGUCAACAGUUGUGUGAAAGCUGCUGUCUCAGAGACUGCAUGUACUCCUAGUAGUAAUGACGCAACUACCGGUGGAGCAGCUGUAUGCAAGACGGUAGAUACAAACGCAGAAUGUGUAAGCAGUACUACUAAAUGUGCUUGUAAAUCUGGAUAUAAAGAAGGAUCUCCAGAUAAAAGCACAUGCGUUCCUAAACCUGUCUCAGAGACUACAUGUAACCCUAGUAGUAAUGACGCAACUACCGGUGAAUCAGCUGUAUGCAAGAAGGUAGAUUCAAAUGCAGAAUGUCUAACCGGUGCUACAGAAUGUGCUUGUAAAUCUGGCUAUAAAGAAGGAUCUCCCAAUAGCAAUACAUGUGUUCUAAAAUCGAUUUCAGAAACUGACUGUAACCCUGCAGAAGAUGAUGAUAAAACCGGUGGAGCAGCUGUAUGUCACGCUGUUGAUGCAAACGCAGAAUGUCCAACCGGUACCACAAAAUGUGCAUGUAAAUCUGGGUAUAAACAGGAUACAACUAAUGUCAAUACUUGUGUGACAGUUCCUGACUCUUCUGCUACAUCGGCCUGGAUGACAACUAGUUUGAUUGGAACCUCUCUGCUGACACUUGUGCUCAGACUGAUCUUUUAAUUAUCAAAGGCAUAUACAACACUACUAUGUUAUUUUAAAUUGUAUUAUUUCAUACUGACACGAUAAACUAGCAAUAAAACAUUUUGCGUGUUCUAUUUCAUACAAAAGAAUAUUUCAAACGCAAACAUACAUAUUAUAUAUAGCAGUGUAAAAAUAAAAUUCAACUUAUAUUGUCAGGUAGUAACGGUGUUAAAAAGGAAGAACAACUGUCUUACAGACGAUUUGUACAGUUACUUUCUAUUUUUUAAAUUUCCUUGAAUUUGUUAAGUUGUAGAUCUGAUGUUGUAUAUAAACAAUUAGAUUACUUACUACUAUAUGUACACUUUUUGAAAAUGUUGCAUUAUCUUGUUAAUAAUUUAUUGUCAUUCCUUGAGAUAUAUACAUAUAUAUAAAACAAGGAUGAAUAAAAAAGUUUGCCUUUUUCGUGGCAUUAUGAUUUUUAAGAAGAAUCUCUGUUACCUUGAAACUAUUGUAUUUGAAUCCUCAAUAAUUAACUGUUAUUUCCACUUCUUUGAUUGUUAUUUACUUGUAGAUCGUAAGUAGUAAAUUCCAAACAACCAAUAAAAUAUAGGUGUUACAAGAUUAGCCUAAUUCUAUAGCAUGCUCUAUGCCCUUAAAUCUGCAAAACGGCCAACUGUUUGUAAAACUGCUCUUACACAUCUGUUUAUCUUGUUUUUAGAAUUCAGUCUUUACUUUCUUACAAUUGUAAACAGAUAAGCUCCCAUUACGACAGUAAAUAUGUCUAGAAAUAGUGAAAAAGAGGGGCUGAAAAUUAUUUUAUUCCUUUACAAUACAUAAAACAAAGGUCCGCUUUACGUAUCACAAAAAGAAGCUUUAAAAAUUGUUCAUACUUUUACAGUAAUUGCUUAGAUCAAACUGUUGUGCUAUCGUUGGGAAUGUUAAAAAGCCAAGUAUUCAGUACAAUUUAAGGAAAAAUAAGACUUUUUGAUCAAAAGUUAUAUUUCAUUUGUUGAAUAAAUAUAGCUAUUUCAACAUUCAAAAUUGAAGAGAGAAAUCAAACUAACAAAAUUUCUGGUAUAAGCCGUAAGAAUUGACCUACCAUUGAACAUUCUUUAUGACAACAAAUUACGAAAUAUGGUUUGACAAAAAAAAAAAAAAAAAAAAAAAAAAAAAAAAAAAAAAAAAAAAAAAAAUCAGUAAACUGUAGAAAUCGUCUUGAUCUGAAUGAAACUUCUUUACAGUUUCAUCACAUUAAAGUACGUUGCAGAGACCAACUACUAAUGCACAUCAAGACGAAAGGUUCUGUCUAGCUUUUUUAAACAAAUAUCAUAAAAUGACGUAUUUUUUCAUUAAGUGAGUUUUUUUAUACUAUGUAUAAUCGUUCAUUGCAAUAAGACCACUUAAUAUCCAAUAGCAAUGAAAAUGUAGACAUUGCAAAAGCCCAUCUUCCUUUAUAUUUCAUUUUCAAACAUUACAGUACUUCAAAAGUUAUCUAGGCAAGCUACAAUAAACAGUUAAGUCCCAAAGACAAUAUCUUAGAUACAGAUUCGAAUUAAACGAUGUUGAUCUCUAUGCUAAAUUCAAGAUGCAUUGAAACACUCCUGUAGUCUUGCAUUUGAAACAUUCAACAUGUUGUGUUUAAAUAUCGUACACCAAGCAAACAACAGUUACAUUUGUUUUAUUGAAAUAGUUUGUUUCGCCACUGAUGGUAUGAUAUAUUUGUUUUAUGUUUUACUUGCGGUUUUAUGGUAUUUAUUUUCCCAUAAUUAAGCUGAAACAGUUGUUUCAAAUGCAUGAAAAACUUCUGAAUUUUGCAAAUUCUGGAAAAAACGUUUGCAAGAAAUUAAUGACAGUACUACCAAAAACUGCUGCGUUAGAACUCUUUAACUGCAGAAGAUUUUAUCUGUGGUACUAACUAUGUGCUAAGGAUUUCCUUGUUGACAUAUAUCACCUUUGAAGAGCUUUGAACCAUUCUCUUGUGUUUCAUACAUUUCGUUUUGAUAAGAGUUUCUUUACAUAAAAUAAUAACUGUUUAUGUUCAAAAUAAACAACUUCUAUUUAGCAUGCGGAAAUAAUUCAACAAAACAAUCAAGAAACAAAUUUACUGAAAAAAAACGCGUAUAAUCAAACAAAAUGAGAUUGGCUACAAUGGGAUGUUGUGUUGAAAUAGGCUAGUAGACAGUCCCGAGUAAUAUCUUGAUUUAUAUGUAUUACGACGAACUAUAACAGUUUACAACAUAUAAUAACUAGUAAAUACCAGAAAACAUAAAGUAAAAUAAAAAAUGUGUUCUGACAGUAUCAAACGCUUUCGGGCUUUGACUUUUGUUACUUAUUUUAUUUAUUUAUUUAUUUAUUAUUUUUGUUUUUAUUUUCAAGUAUUUUCGAGUUUUGAUUAAUCAUCGCUACAGCGGUAGUUAAAUACUAUUCAUAUUUCUACCUCACUCAAGACCACCAUAUUAAUACACCUGCUGGUGUCUCUAAAUUUCAUUUAGGUACUUGUAACAUGAGUAAAUGUUGAGUACUGCUCAACCCGGAGCUAGAAGGGGAACAGUAGCUUGAAUUUCAAAGACAGGCUCAAUCACCCGAGCCUGCAACAUUUUUAUUUGUGUCGUUUUGCACGACCUGUGGCUUUCCACAUUUUCUAAUUGUUUCACUUCAGUUGAUCAACAUCUAUAUAAUCAUGAUGGAAUAUGUAUUUAAAAUUUUGAAGUUCGGUUUUUGUCGUAAUGCAUUAAAGAAAUUAUUCCUGUCGAAAACCAUAUGAGCAUGAAAAGACGCGGUUGUUUAUUUUGAACUUGUGUUGAUAUGUAAACUUGCCAACAAAGUAAAGCAUGUGAGAGUUUUUUUCAGUAAUAGUAUAGAUU